AUGGGGAGUCCAGGUCUCGAGCACCCGUGCUGCACCACCCGCUCGCCUCACUACAUCAGUCACCCCCACACUAACCCCUGGCUGGACGAGGCCGAGGACAUCAAGCCCCCCCGCAGUUUGCUGGGGCUCCCUGAGCUCAGCUGGCCGGGACUUUACCUCCCCUGCUACGACCGACUAGUGAUAGAGGAGAACCCCUGGGUGCUGGGGAUGGCAGAGGCCCCCGGUCCCGCCGCUCCCUUCUGCAGGAGUCUGGAGCCGAGCCCACCGGCCCCCGGCCAAGCCCACGCUUCCUCCCCUGAAGUGGAAGGUCCGGUGGAGGAGCGCUGCCUGGAGCAAGUCCAGACCAUGGUGGUGGGAGAGGUGCUGAAGGAUGUGGACACGGCCUGCAAGCUGCUCAACAUCACACCAGACCCUUUGGACUGGAGCUGCAUGCACGUCCAGAAGUGGCUGCUCUGGACCGAGCACCUGUACAGGCUGCCGCAGGUCAGCACCAUGUUUCAGGAGCUGACUGGGAGGGAUCUGUGCUCCAUGGCCGAAGCAGACUUCAGACAACGCUCUCUGCAGUUUGGAGACGUGCUGUACGCUCAUCUGGACAUCUGGAGAUCUGCGGCUGCACUGAAGGAGCGCUGCCCUCCAGAAGAGAGCAAAUCUGCAGCGGAUGAGGAUUCCUGGUCAGAGGUGAUGUGCACCUACCCCAGUCAGCCCAUCCACUUGUGGCAGUUCCUUCAUGAGCUGCUCCUCAAACCACAUAGCUACAGCCGCUGCAUCCGCUGGUUCAACAAGGAGAAAGGAAUAUUUAAAAUCGAGGACUCGGCUCACGUGGCUAGGCUUUGGGGCAUCAGGAAGAACCGCCCGGCAAUGAACUAUGACAAACUGAGUCGCUCCAUACGCCAGUACUACAAGAAGGGAAUCAUCCGGAAGCCCGACGUCUCCCGCAGACUGGUCUACCAGUUCGUCCACCCAGUAUGA